AUGAUGCUGCUCUCCGAAGCCGUCAAGGAUGACCAUGACAUGGUGGUGGAAAUCUACCAUCGUGUCGUGGCUGCGACCGAGGAUGCCGACGGGCCGGCUGCCCGGGAAACGUUCAUGACGCGCGUCGGUCAAUGCGUCGUCAAGGAGAAGCUCGUGCUUCUCCCCUUCAUCCGCCAGGUGCUGCCGGAUGACGGCGAGCGGCUGGAGCGAUACCGACUGGAUCACAUCAAUCAAAGAGAAGCUCCAUCGGCUGCACGAGAUCCCCAUGGGGGACGUGAGCUUCGUGCCCGAGCUGACGUCCCUCUGGAUCGAUCUGUCGGGCCACAUCGCGGACCUGGACGACCGCGACCUGCCCGCUCUGGAGGACGCGACGAGCGCCGACGAGUCCGAGGCGGCGGCGGUCCAGUAUUGCGAGGCAGGGGCGUACGAGCCGGAGAUGGCCCAUCCGCCCUCACUCGUGGCCGAGUCGACGAAGCUGGUUGA